ACCACGGCUGAGGUCGGAGUACCAUGGGCUGACCUACCUGAUCGAGAUCCUUGACCUGUCGCUUAAAACGGCCCAGGAGGAGAGUGAGGUGCAGUCUGUCAACGGCUAUCUCCCCAAUCCCAUUAUUUUCAACGAUGAACAGGCAGAACUGGUUAACGAGGUUCUCAAAGUUCUGUACAACUUGGUACUUCACAUCGACAAAAACAGCCCAGACGAGGAGGAGGACAGCCACUGCUUGCGUCUUAUCAGCAUCCUACGCUAUCUUCUCCUGGCCUCCACUCGCUGCCCUGAGAAGACGGAUUCCCUGCACAGCAACACGGUCAACCUGCUACUGGUGAUGCCUCCCAAGAUGUAUGAGGAGUUGCUGUGUGAUAUGCCGCAGGCCUCUGAGUCCCCAAUGCCUCCUCCAGCCCCAACAGUGGUUACUACCCAGCCUACUGCAGGCACAGCUCUCAUGGAGGCUGCCUGCUUCACUGAAGUAGACUCAGACCUAAGCAAACAGAACGAACGAUCAUGCGAGUAUGAUGGCAAAGACAUGACAGCCAUCAUUAAGCUGCUGGACUUCCUUGACUCCAGAUUGAAGUCGCCUGGCAGUCAUUCGGCAAAGAGCCUGAUGCCCAUUCUCACCUGAUGGUGGGAGAUGACGCAGGCCAAUCGCACUAUCCGCAAGUUUAUCCGGCUGCGCAUCCGCCACCCUAAGGAUGUGAGCAAGAGACCAGAGGAAUGCCACCAUCCGCAACAGCUGUGCUCACUGAUGACCUCUCCCCUGCAUGACCUCAACCCUAUCGGCAAAUUUCUUGUUUUUUUGUGCAAGGAAGUGAUCCUCACUCAUUCACACUCCACAGUUGACCGGCUGAUUAAAUCUCACGGGAUAACGGCAAUGCAGCAGUCUCCUGCCUCUCGUGGUCUGAUGCUGGGAGUUGUAAUUACAAUGGAAAGUUCACAUAGUGGUGUAGAGGGGUGUGGAAGUUGGUUGAGUAUUUACGUAAUUCUAAGUGUAGUUUCAUGA